AACUCUUGAGAGCUUUGCAACAACCCUGCAUCACAUUUCCAUUUAGCCUUUCUCUCCUUUCCAUUGUAGUUUGCAAACAUGGGUUCCCAAUCUGCUGCCCUGCAAGUUAAAAUCUUAUCCACAACGUUCAUAACACCAUCCUCACCAACCCCAAAUCACUUACAAAAUUACAAGUUAUCUUUCUUUGAUCAAAUAGCUGAAGAUGUCCACUUGCCUCUUGUUCUUUUCUAUCCACCAAACGAGAAAAACUCCACUACGGAUGAACAACUAGAAGAAUCCCUAUCUAGAGUAUUAACCCAUGUUUACCCGAUAGCUGGUAGAUUUACAGAGGAUUUUUGCUCCAUAAAUUGCCUUGAUCAAGGGGUUAAAUUUGUAAGGGCAAAUGUCAAUAGUAAGCUCGAUGAUUUUCUUGAGCAAGCACACAAGGAUGUUAGUACAGCACUACUUUGUUGGCCUCACGAUACUUGGACUGUUGAUCAAGAUAAUUUAGCUAUUACACCUCUUGUUAUCGUCCAAGUAACAAGAUUUGAAUGUGGUGGUAUAGCUCUGUCAAUGAGCCACGCCCACAUUGCAAUGGACGGAUUCUCGAGUCUCUCUUUUUUGUACGAGUGGUCCAAAGUAUGUAGACUCGGAAUUCCCACAAAAGAAAUCAAUUUCCUGCGCUUUAAUUUGGGUGAAAUUUUCCCUACAAGGGAUUUAUCUAAGCUUUUACUGCCUCGUAUUCCUGGAGAGAAACGUGCAGAAAGCAAACUGGUCGCUAAGAGGUUAUAUAUUGAUGAAUCUGCUAUAUCAAAGCUAAGAGAAGAAAUGACAGGUUUGAGUUUCAAACCUACGAGAGUCGAGAUGAUUACAGCAGUUUUAUGGAGGGCUUUGAUCCGUGCUUCGGAAGCGAAAAACAUAAAUAUUAGGCGUUCUUUAAUGGGAAUCCCAGUCAACUUGCGCAGUAAGAUCUCUUUGCCUCAAAUUGAAAAGUGUUUUGGUAAUCUUGUAGUUGAUUCUCCAGUAAAAUUUGUACCGGUGGAGACCAAGAUGGAGCUGAAUAACUUGGUGGCAUUGAUAAGGGAUACAGUGCAGAAAACUAUUGAGUAUUGCAACAAGGAAUCACCAGAUGAGAUAGUCUCUGCGGUUGCUCAUUUAUACAAUGGAAGUUUUCUGGCAAAUGAGUGGGGAGCCAGUAAUGAAGUUGACGCGUUUACGUGUUCAAGUUUGUGCAGGUUUCCUAUACUAGGAGCUGAUUUUGGUUGGGGGAAACCUUGCUUGAUGCAUUUUGGAUCCAGGCAUAAUCAAACUUGUUGGUUGUAUGAUGCAGAGUGUGGCAAUGGUGUCUGUGUGCAGGUGGAUAUCAAGGAAAGUUACAUGCGCUUCUUUGAAUGCGACCAAGAUAUCAAGGCUUAUUUUAAGUGGUGAUGAAUCAAUAUUUUACUUCAAUCUUUUGUUUGUUUUAAUAUUUUUACUUCAAUGUUUUGUUUGUUGGCAAUAAAGAAAAAGUUCCCUUUGUAAUGUCUUAUGAACUCCAAUUAUGUGUCACGGGAAAUUAAGUUACUGAGUUUUGAUCCCUCAA